UUGGUGGACCUGUGCCGCCAAAGACGCGCUAACCUUGAAAAGGCUCGUGCGCUGUACAAAUUCGUCCAAGAUAAUGAAGAAGAGCUGUCGUGGUUAGCUGAAAAAGAACAUCUCUGCCGCCGUGCGUUAGCUGUCAGUGACAUCGCAGCAGUGCAACAAACUUCGCUUCUUUAUAAGAACACUGAAACAGAAAUGCAGUCACACUGGGCUCGCACUAAAGAUAUGAUGGCUGCUGGUGAACAUCUUAUAGAGAAUGGACAGUCGCGUGAGGAUAUUCAGGCAAGAACACAUUUUUUAAUUAGCCGUAUCCAUGAUAUGCAACAAGGCUGGGAAAGACUUCGAGCUGCUCAUCAAGCAUUGGGCCAGUGGCUCAAUCAAGCCAAGCAAGCGCAGCAAUACUUCCAGGACGCCAAUGAGGCGGAAUCAUGGAUUCGUGAGAAGAUGCCAUUAGUGAAAAGUGACGAUCUUGGUCGUGAUGAAGGCGCUGCAGAAUCGUUGUUGCAGCGACAUGCGCGACUUGAAGAGGAGAUCCAUGCUUAUCGGGCUGAUAUCGUAAGACUAGAGGAAAUGAGCCAUCAGCUUGCUAACAGCUCCUUCCACACAGCUACAACAAGCACCCAAGAGACGGAAGAGGUUACUGUACCGCAGAUCGAAAUGCUGUACAAAUAUGAAGGCAAUGGAAUGUCUGUAAUGAAAGGUGAAGUGUUAGCUCUUCUGGAACAAUCAACACCUGAAUGGUGGCGAGUGUUAAAGCAGGACGGCACCGAAGGAUUCGUACCAGCUAAUUAUUGUCGAAAAGUUCCGGGUGAAACGGUGAGUAGGGUGGUGAGCAUGGAGUAGAU